AUGGCUGCCUCUUCUCAUCCUGUUCGAUCCAUUAGUUUACCUGCUAGAUCUCAUCCAACAUCACUUAAAAUCGAAGAAACCAUUAAUAAGUUGAAGUCUCGGGAUAUUUACCAAUCUGAUUCAACUUCCUGCUAUACAUCAGGAUCUGAUAGCAUUCAGCUUGGUCUUCUUAACCUUGUUGAGUUGUAUGCUCGUGUACAAGAACUUGUUAGCUCCCUUUCAAGCCAGCACGGGAAACUUGUUGAAGAAGCCUUAGAAAGCUCGGUAUCAUUGCUUGAUACGUGUAGCAUUGCAAGAGACCUCAUCUCUGGGUUCAAGGAACAGGUCUGUGACUUACAGUCUGCUCUGCGUAGGAAAGGAAGCUCAGGUACCGAGAAAGAAAUAAAUAUUUACAUGAGUUUUAGGAAGAAGGUGUCAAAGGAAGUUUCAAGAUGCCUUAAGGUGUUGAAGCAAGCAGAAGCCAAAUAUGGAAUCACUGCUCCUCUGCUUGAUAAUGAUCCUUCUUUAGUCAAUUUGAAUAGACUUCUAAGAGAAACUUACACCGCCACAAUUGUUGUCUUUAAAUCACUCUUCUUAUUCUUGUCUACUCCAACUAAGCCAACCAAAUGGUCAUUAAUCUCAAAACUCGUCACCAAAAAUUCUAUCAGCAAGGAAGCUGUCACCCAGCUCAAUGAGGUUUCUGGUGUUGAUUCAGCCAUUCAGAAUGAGUCAAAAGUAGACGUCAUGCUAUUAAGAGGAAAAAUUCAAGCUCUAGAUUCCAGCCUUCAGAUUCUUGAGGGGGAAGUCGGCUGCCUCUUUAGGUGCUUACUACAAAAUAGAGUGUCUCUCUUGAAUAUCCUCACUCAAUCAAUUUAG